AUGACGUAUUUUCGUAUUCGGGAUUUGCUGCUGGCUGCCAAAGAGGUGCGGAAAUGUAUUCGUGCAGGCGUCUCGGAUCUUUGUGAGAAAAGUGGUGAUGCGGCGACUGCGGGAGUUGAACUACUAAGGGUGUGGUGUAAUGGUGUGAACUGGGCCCGCAUCCCGCAUGUUACAUGCUCAGCAAUCGGGGCCGGCGUUUUCGCAACGACCGGGCUUUGGAAUGAAUAUCUCAAUAACCGGGGUCGUGCGACAAAACGCCUUGUUUGCGCUUCUCCUUGUCGAAUCUCUCUUUACAGGUCGGCACAUCUUAUGACGCUACACGUCUCUCCGCAGCCCGUCACACUCGCUUGUUUUAGACUCUUCCGUCUCGUCCUCUUCUCUUCUCCCACGUCUCCGGCAUCCCGGCCAGCUUGUGCCCCAAACGCCAACCUCUUUUCACCGCACCUCGAAUUGUUCCUCCUUCAACCUGCAAAACCCCAACCAUUGAGGCAGACACUCGCGUCUGCUUCUCCAACCCAUCCCCAUCAUGCCAGAGAUUCGUCGAGGCAGCUCCGUCCACGCGAGCUCGACCCCGGCCUUCCGGUCUUUCCGCCGCCCGCCCCGAUCCUCCAUUCCCGGAGCCACGACGAGACGACCACAACAACAACAACAUACAAUGCCACAGGUACGACCACGAACCUGCGAGCCGCUUCCAUCGACAAUGGCGCCGACCGGCCGCCGCGCCGCUCCGUCACACUCUCCGCCGUGAAGCCCAAGCGACCCCCGACCGAUUUCCAGCACACCUCCUCCCUCUCCGCCAGUCACAUAACCAAGACGACCUCACCCGCCUCCGGUGCUGCCGUCGCCGACGCACCCCCGCGCCGCAGCCUCUCCUACGCCCAGCGCGAGUCCGCCACGGCCUACUACGACUCCCGCGCCGCAACCCGCGCCGAGUGGCAACGCCGCGCCAAGACGCUCGAGGAGUACUAUGAUGACAACCCAGGCCUGCUGCCCCAGCUCCCCUUUACCUGGCACCAUGGCUGGCGCCGCUGGCGCCUCUUCCUCUUUGCCUUUCUCGUCUUCGUCGACGCUUGCGCCCUCCCCAUUGCCCUCUACUACGGCAUGUGGUACGCCGGCCAUGUGCAGGGCUACAUCAUCUUUGCCAUCGUCACCACCAUCUGGGGCGGCCCUACCUACCUCGAGUUCGCCAUCCGCACCCUGCGUCUCAUCAAAAAGGAGCGCUUCUACCGGCCGCUCGGCACCGAGAGCCGCUGGUGCUUUGAUGUCGUCACCUACACGUCUGUGAUAACCAUUACCGCCGUGACGGCUCUCUUUGUCGUCGGCAGCGUGCCGCAUAUUGUCUGGCUCCGCGUGCUCUCCAUGCCCGCACCAGCGAUCCUGUGGGCCGUUGGAGGCGUCAUGUCCCUGAUUUUGCUUUACAAUCAAAUGGGCUGGAAGGCCCCUUUUCGACUCAGUUCCACGCCCAAAGGCGGCAAGGUUCUCCCACCUGUGUACUACUUCAUCGAGGACGUCGUCGCUGUCAAUGCUGGUGCCGGUCGUCCCUUUCGCGAAGCCCUCGCAGCUCGCUACAAGGCCAGCCCUCGUUUCCGCCGUAUGCUCUACAUCCAGUCCAUCUUCUGGAGCAUUCCCGCUCUCAUCAUCGCUAUUCCCCUCACCGUCGUGGCCGUCAUCCAUCCCGUCCCUGCUACGGCCGCGUACGGCAUUUGCUGGGCCGUUCCCUUCAUCUGGAUGGUCAUCUGGGGCGUCAUCUCCGUCUACUGGUGCAAAGCCAACAUGGUUCGCGAGCGUCUCGAGUGGCAGGCUGGCAAGGUUGACACUGCCACUGCUCCAGUGCCGCACGCGUCGCCCUCGUCGACGCCGCCGCCGGACAAGCCGCAGCACAGCGACACCCCGCCGACCACCGCUGAGGAAGCAUGA